AAUAAUGCCACCGAAGAAGGCUUCCUGUUCUCACGAAGAAGAUGUUCUGGGCAGUUUGAAAGAUGAUAUUGAUCAAAUCAGUGAUUCUGUCAAACGGGUUGCAUCAAAGGCUUACCAGCAAGGAAAGAUAGCUGGCCAACACAUGGUAUCACCAAAGAGAAGACGUACGGAGACUGCAGGUCCCUCAAAGAGACCAAAGCGUGGUGUAAAGUUUCCCUUAAAGACAACUGAAGACCACAGAAACACACACGUGUUAUUAGUAGCAGCUGAUUCCCAAAAGAAAAAGGAACAACAGAUUUUCAAAAACGAUGUCAUGGAUAUGAAAGCUGCCAUCGGUGAAACCUUUCCUGAACUGAGUAAGAGCAACAUACAUGAGGUGAUCGGGACGGAUGUGACCGACGGGACCUCUGUGGCAUCCCAUGUUCAUGACGAGCUUGUUAAAAUGAGGGGAACCUUCGGCCAGAAGGACUUUUUUAUAUUUUACUACAGCGGGCACAUGGAUGUUUCCGAGGCUGACCAGCGUACCUUCUACACAGGUCAACGGGACGAAGAUUUCAUCACAGAUGUUGUACUCAAAGAUUUGUUUAGAAAUUUGAACGCAACACGGUAUCUCUUCAUACUAGACUGUUGUCAGGCUAGCGCUGCAUCCCUGGGGGCCAAAGGAAAGAAGCGCGGAGUCCCAAAUCCAAUUCCGAGGCUACCUGACUUUUGGAAACUCUUUGACAGAGGACCUUCUACAAGCAAAGAACGUCAACCACGCGCAGUUCAGUGGGGUUCGUGUGCUGCAGAUGGAAAGUCUUACUGUGACGAGAAAAGUUACUUCACUGAGGAGCUGGUCAAUCUUCUUAAUGGAACGGUUUGCAAUAUUCCUCGUCGCCCUGUCAAUUUGAAGUUCCUAAAUGAAUGUCUUACGGAAACUUUGGCAGACCGUGAUCAGACCCCAGAACUACAACCGGAAUAUAAUGAUUCGUUUUACAAUAAUUUUCUUACCUUUGACAGAGGGAAUGAAAACUAGAGACAGCAUACAAGCUUUUUAGAGUGACAACCGGUAUAUCUUUCCUGUUUUUGUUUUUUUAAAUGUAUGUGACUAGCCUCUAUGCUUUCCUACAGCUGGACUAUGUCUGAUUGCGUUGUCAAACAACAAAUAAAGGGGGCGGUCAGGUAGCCUAGUGGUUAAAGCGUUCACCCGUCACAACGUCAUGGAUUCUUCCACAAGACUAAAACUGUACGAAUAUCGCUAUGUCGUGGUGUAAUAAAGAUAAAAAGGGGGUAAUUGUGGGUUGCAAAGACGAACACAUAUUGAGGCCUUUUGAUUGCAUUGAUGCUUCCUGAGAUCGGGGGGUCAGGCUCACUGACUUGGUAGAUUCAUGCCAUCGUGUCCGAGUUGUGUAGAUCGAUGCUCUUGAUGUGAAUCACUGGAUUGUCUGGUCCAGACUCGAUUAUUUACAGAGCGCCUUCAUAUAGCUGGAAUAUUGCUGAGUGCGACGUUAAACAACAACAAACAAGCAAACACUCAUGCGUCCAUGAGAUACGCAGUACCGUUGCUACUGGGGAAGUUAUAUACAAAAGGGAUGUACAAAUAACAUCCAUUUCAUUAUUGUAGUCACCUCUGCCUGUGCUGAUAUCUAUUUAUCCUGACACUUGCACAGCCAGCGAAAGUUGUAAAUCUCAGAAUAAACACAAUUUCUUAUGUU